AUGACUGGCGAAAACCAAACUCGACGUAUUCGAAUGUUGUAUCUCCAUGCUAUCCUACGACAAGACAUGAGCUGGUUCGACAAAGCAGAAGAAGGCUCAUUGACAACACGUUUGGCUUCUGACACGCAGACGAUACAGGACGGCAUCUCUGAAAAGUUUGGCAUGUUGGUUCUGUGUCUCUCACAAUUCAUUUGCGGUUAUGUUGUGGCGUUCGUCAAGGGCUGGAAGAUGUCGCUUGUCUUGCUUGCAACGAUGCCACUGUUGCUUGGCACUGGUGUAACCAUGGGUAUUAUGAUUAAGAAAUACACGCUCAAGGUGCAAAACGCAUAUGCCGACGCCGGUUCUGUCGCCGAGCAAGUGUUCGCCGGUUUACGCACAGUCUACAGUUUCUCAUUGCAGGAGCGUUUUGCCGAACGAUUCGACAAGGAGUUGGUCAAGGCACGCAAGAUGGGCAUCAAGCGUGGUUGUGUGCUGGGUGUUGGCUUUGGUUUAUUCAUGAGUAUACUGUUCAUGACAUACGGUCUCGCUUUCUGGUUCGGCUCUCAUCUGGUCAAGACGGGCGAAUUCGAUGGCCCUAACGUUAUGGUUGUGUUGAUGGGUAUGAUGAUGGGUUCUAUAGCGCUGCUUCAAGUGCCUCCAAACUUGUCGGCCGUUUCGAGUGCAUGUGGCGCUGCGUACAAAAUUUAUUCGACAAUUGACCGAGUGCCAGAUAUUGAUCCUGAUGCUGACGAAGGGUUGGCUCCUGAAACGCUCCAUGGUGAUAUCGAAUUCCGUCAUAUCAAGUUCAAGUACCCAACCCGUCCUGACCUGGUUGUUCUCGAAGAUUUGUCGCUCAAAAUCCACCCUGGCAUG